AUGUCAAAACCAAGAUACCUCUCUGACAGUGAAAGGGCUCGUGUGCUGGAGUUCCAGGAUAUGAUUCAUUACUCGGCAAGGUACUCAGAUGACCAAUAUGAAUAUAGACACGUAAUUCUCCCCAAACAGAUGCUCAAGGUGAUUCCUCAAGAUUAUUUCAACUCGGAGACUGGUACUUUGAGAAUCUUACUGGAAGAAGAGUGGCGUGGAUUGGGUAUUACCCAGAGUCUAGGCUGGUAUCAUUACGAGACACAUGCUCCCGAGCCUCACAUUUUAUUGUUCAAGAGAGAUUUGCAGUAG